CCUCUCUUCUCUCUCUCGCGUCACGCAUUCCCCGCCGCGCGCACCACCACCAGCCGCAGCGGCCAGACGCGGACGGCGCGGCGGCAGGCAGGGCAGGAGGUGUCACUUCACUUGCCUUCGAAUUCGGUCGUCUCCACCCACGGCAUCGAUUGCCCACGCGCACGCGCCGCCCGCUUUGCCGUAUUCCACCGCAAGCAACCUAUAUAGGGGUGGUAGUGUUUUUGCUGCUCUGUUGCGGUUGCAGUGAGGGAGGAGGGAUGGAUCUGAAGGAUGGCGGGGGGUCGGAGAGGAGGGGAGCGGCGGCGGCGGGUGCGGGGGCGGUGCCGCUGUCGAGGCAGGGGUCGAUCUACUCGCUGACGUUCGAUGAGUUCCAGAGCACGCUGGGGGGGAUGGGGGGCGGGCUCGGGAAGGAUUUUGGGUCCAUGAACAUGGACGAGCUGCUGCGGAGCAUCUGGACGGCGGAGGAGAGCCAGGCGAUGGCGUCGGCGUCGGGGGCCGGGGCCGGGCCGGGUGCGGCGGAGGGGGCGCUGCAGAGGCAGGGGUCGCUCACACUGCCGCGCACGCUCAGCGUCAAGACGGUGGACGAGGUAUGGCGGGACUUCGAGCGAGAGGCGUCGCCGGGGGCUGCUGGCGGCGGGGAGCAGCAGCAGCCCAGGCGGCAGCCAACGCUCGGGGAGAUGACACUGGAGGAGUUCCUGGUCAAGGCCGGGGUCGUCAGAGAGAAUCCCGCUGCUGCGGCGGCUAUGGUAGCCGCGGCCGCCGCUCCAGCCGUGGCUACGCGGUCGAUUCAGGCUGUCAACAAUAGCUCCAUCUUCUUCGGCAACUUCGGAGGCGCCAAUGAUGCCGCUGGUGCCGGCGUGAUGGGAUUCUCGCCGGUGGGGAUUGGGGAUCCGACCAUGGGGAAUGGGCUGAUGUCCGGCGCGGCAGGGAUGGGGGGUGGUGGGAUCACUGUUGCUUCGGUUGAUACAUCAGUUGGACCAAUGGAUUCAGUGGGCAGGGGGGAUGGGGACCUUUCAUCACCGAUGGCGCCGGUGCCGUACCCCUUUGAGGGGGUGAUAAGGGGGAGGAGGAGCGGUGGUAAUGUGGAGAAGGUGGUGGAGCGGCGGCAGAGGAGGAUGAUCAAGAACAGGGAGUCUGCAGCUAGAUCUCGUGCCAGGAAGCAGGCUUACACGAUGGAGUUGGAAGCUGAAGUUCAGAAACUCAAGGAACAAAACAUGGAACUGCAGAAGAAACAGGAGGAAAUGAUGGAAAUGCAGAAAAAUUUAUUCCCAGAAAUGCAGAAAAAUCAGGUCUCAGAAGUGGUCAACAAUCCGUACGGACAGAAGAAGCGUUGCCUAAGAAGAACAUUGACAGGUCCCUGGUAAAAUUUGUGUUAUUGAUGAUCGGAGCUUGACAAGACACAUCUCAUAUUUAACCUUAAAGAUCUUGUACAUAUUGUCAGGAUUUCGAAACUCGUAUCUCUGUUGUAAAAUUGAUGAUCAACAGAGUCGAGUGUACUAGUAGUGCUUAACAUGCCCUGUCAGCUUCAACCUACAGUUCUGCAUGUCUGUUAUCGUGCUCUAC